GGGUUUUGAUAAAAAAAAUAACCCAUUGUCGUUCUCAUCCUGCAACAGAGCCAAUGCACUGGAAUGAUUCCUUUGAAUGUCAGUAGAGAAACUAUCACAAAGCAAAAAAAACUUUUUUCCACAUGAGCAGGUGAUCCAAAAAGUUGCUGGCCAUCUGCUGACAGAUUGUAGUUAAAAGCCUGUAGGAGCAACAUGAGCUGGAGCUUCCUUACCCGACUUCUGGAGGAGAUCCACAACCACUCCACAUUUGUGGGGAAAGUGUGGCUCACUGUGCUCAUCAUCUUUCGCAUUGUACUCACAGCCGUAGGAGGAGAGUCCAUCUACUCUGAUGAGCAGACUAAAUUCACCUGCAACACUAAGCAGCCGGGCUGUGACAACGUGUGCUAUGAUGCCUUUGCCCCUCUUUCACAUGUUCGGUUCUGGGUCUUUCAGAUAAUCAUGAUCUCCACUCCCUCUAUCAUGUACAUGGGCUACGCCAUCCACAAGAUAGCACGAUCCUCAGAGGUUGAGCGCAGGAAACACCAAAGACUCCACAAGAGGCCGCCUCCUCAUACAAGAUGGAGAGAAAGUCAACCUCUUGAGGGUGACCUGGAGGAGGAGGAAGAUGAUGAUGCUGAGCCCAUGAUCUAUGAAGAUGCACUUGAGGUUCAUGAUGGCAAAGUGCAGCCUGUUAGCAACACUGGCAAAGAUCCACCCAAACAUGAUGGGCGCAGAAAAAUCCUGCAACAAGGCCUAAUGAGAAUCUACGUUCUCCAGCUCAUGUCCAGAGCUAUUUUUGAAAUUGCUUUCCUGGCGGGACAGUAUCUCCUAUAUGGAUUUCGAGUGAAUCCUUCCUACGUGUGCAACAGGAUACCUUGUCCACACAGAGUGGAUUGUUUUAUCUCCAGACCUACAGAGAAAACAAUCUUCCUCCUCAUUAUGUAUGUGGUGAGCUGUCUUUGUCUCGUGCUGAAUGUCUGUGAGAUGCUUCACUUGGGAAUCGGCACAUUUCGGGACACGCUUCACAUGAAGAGAAACCGUGGUCGACGUCCCGGGUCCUAUGGCUAUCCGUUUUCACGCAACAUCACAGCCUCGCCACCUGGGUACAACCUUGUAAUGAAAACAGACAAACCCAGCAGGAUUCCCAACAGCCUUAUCCCCCAUGAGCAAAACAUGGCCAACGUAGCCCAGGAGCAGCAGUGCACCAGCCCGGACGAGAACAUCCCCUCCGACCUUGCAAGCCUGCAUCGGCACCUAAGAGUUGCACAGGAGCAGCUGGAUAUGGCCUUUCAAACCUAUCAGAUCAAAAACACUCAGCAGACCUCCAGAACAAGCAGCCCUGUUUCUGGGGGAACUGUGGCAGAACAAAAUCGAGUCAACACUGUCCAAGAGAAGCAAGGAGCAAGACCAAGAUCAGCUACAGACAAGGCUACGACCAUCGUAAAAAAUUGAGCGCUGGUGGAGCCAGAAUCUGGAGAUGGAAAAGAAGAAGCCAUAAAGUGGAAGUGGAAGGGACAUCAUUUCACCAUUAACCAGCCAUGACCAAGUUCCCCUUGUAAGAUUCCUGACACCCGAGUCAAAAGAAUAACCAAAAGAGUUGUCCAUAAGUCCACAAGAGCCAAUGAGCCUUCACAUAGAACAUCAGAGAGACCUGGAAAAAAGUAGGUGUAGCUAGCAUGGCCUUAUACACAUUAACUGCCCAAACAACCUGAUGAAGCUUGUUUAAACUUUGCAGUAGGGUUUUGGGAAAGCCAACAUUACAAAGUCAAUUAGAUAAGUCCUGAACAUUUUUUGGGGCACUUUAUUAGAAAUGUUUGGAGGAAUGGUUAACCCAAAAAUAUCAUGGUUUUAUAUAAUGGUUUUAAGUCAUUUAAGUCAUGAUGUGGACUAUCUUAAAGCAUACAGUACUGACAUACAGAUAAAUGCAGAAAUGUAUCAGGGCAUAUAAAUCUGAAUACAAACAGAAUUUGCAUUGUCAAGUAAUGCAAUAGGUUUAAAAUAUAGGACCAAGGAAACACUUAAUUUGAGUGUUCAAUAAUUACAAAGCAUGUCAUUCCUUUAUUAUAAUUGUUUUUUUCUACCCAUAAUUUUAUUUGUAGACUAUUUCUCUUUGGACAGUUAGGUUUGUACCUGACAACUAGUGUUAAUUUCAUGUCAUUACAACGACAUAUACUCAUAUGAAACAAAUGUUGACGUGUUUGGAACAUAUCUAACCCACUGAGUAUAUGCAUAUUGUAAUAUCUCUUCAAAGUAUGACUGGUCAAAGUGCUUGUGGGGGAAAAAAUCAUGUUUUAUUUGCAGCUUCUUUCUUUUCAUAUAUUAUC